AUGAUGUCCCAAUCGCGUUUGCUUUUCGUUCUGGGGGCUUUAGCCACUUUUGCGCUUUCUGAGGAAGUUGGCUAUUUUGACACGUCGAUGUGUACCGAUUCUAAGGGAAUGACUUCCUGCUACAAGGAUGCUGAUAUUGAGUACACAAGUUGUGUGAACAAUAACUGUGUUGGUGGGAGUCAAGCGUGUCACGACUCAUGCGGUGGAAGUGUUACCUGCAUGAACAAGCAAUGCCCCAGUCUGGGCAUGGAUUGUAUCAAUGCCUGUGAAUGCCAGAGAUCCGCACACCAAAUUGACUGCGCUAGUGCAAGCUGCUGGAACGAGGUCUACUCCUGCGAAUACCAGAAUACCGUCGGUGACUUCUUUGCGCUCUGCACCAAUCCCAAUUAUGAUACAGUCCCAUUCUGGCCAGCACCCGAUGAUGCCCCCGAUGCUUGUUCUUGCAACCUUGGAAAGAUCGAAAAGAAGGAGCAUCUGAUUGCGCUCCAGAUGACGGAGUGCAGCAACAACAUGACCAACCUCAAUCAAAUCACUAAGACCGAUGCGAUUGCGGAUUACGGCCAAGCUUGUAUGUGCUGCGGAAUGAGUGCUAUUAUCUCUGCUAUCUACGACACCUGCCCCGACACGAAGCCCUCUUUACUUGGCAUAACCGAGUGGAAUGAUGCAAUUUUUGUACCUAGUGACUGGGCAGAGUGCGGCCCAUACCUUGAGGCAUAUGAUUGUGCAGGCGAUUUAGGAUAUGGUCGUGCUGAUGCCGGUGCCAUCAGCAACUAUUACCAGCCGAGCAGCAUGCCAUCUAAUGGCACCAAGACCCUAUUUAACAAGGACGGUGUGGUGUCCACCCCGGUCAGCGGUGAUAUAUUCACCUGGCAAUUUGGUCAUUCUAUGAACGCGGUAUACCAUACGGUCACUGUUGCUUCGGCUAAGGCAGAUGUCACUGGAGAAGGAAAGGCCAGUGGACGCGACGGUUCGGCAACAACUACUGCUACUGAGACUGGUGCCACUGCGGAGAGCACGCAGCCUGGAGCGGGUGUGUCCUUGGGUGUUUCCUUCUGGACUAUGGUUGGCACUGUUGGUAUCUUGGCCUGGUUGACCUUCUAA